AAUCGAAACAUGUAAUCUUUCUGGUAUAAAUACGCACCCCAUAACGUUAAAUGGCACAUUUGAGAAAUUACUGGCAACCGACGCCAUGAAGUUUCUCGCGUUGCUUUUCCUUGCGGGCUUAGCCCUAGCAGCCGCUGUACCAGUUCCAACUCAAAACGCCGUUUCUUACAGUGAACUUGAAGAUUUCUUGGAUGACCUCACGUUUGAAGCAUCUGAUGAUACUCUCGAAGACAUUAAGAAAGUCCUGAAAGAACGAUACAAUGAAAUCCUGGAAAAAAUCAAGGAGGCCAUUGAAAAAGGCAAAGGACUCCGAGAGGAUUACAUCGAAAAGGCCAAGGACCUCGCUAAGAAGUUGAAAGACUUGAAAGUUGAUGUCGGCGAAAAGGCUCGUGAACUUUUCGAACAACUGAAAGAGAAGGCAAAGGACUACUGGAAGAAGAUCUUAGACAAACUACGUGACGUCAAAGAAUCUGCUGAUGAAAAUGCUUCCUACGCUGAUGAAGAUCCAAAGACUGAGCUGGGCAAGAAAUUGAGAGAACACUUUGAUGAGAUUUUGGAAAAAGUGAAGGAGGCCCUUGAAAAUGGCCGCAUUGUCAAGGAUGACUUGAUUGAAAAAUUGAAGGAAAUCCGUCAAAAAUUGAAGGACAUGAGAGUUGAUAUUGGAAAGCAUGCCCGAGAACUUCUUGACCAAUUGAAAGAAAAAGCUAAAGAUUACUGGAAGAAAAUCUUAGACAAACUCAACAUUUCAAAGCGAUCUGUUGAUGAAUUUGAUGUCCUCUUUGCCGACGAUGAUGAACCCAAAACUGAACUCGGAAAGAAAUUGAGAGAAAAGUUUGAUGAAAUUUUAGAAAAAGUGAAGGAAGCACUUGAAAACGGAAAGGGAGUAAAGGAAGACACCAUCGAAAAGUUGAAGGAAAUCCGAGAACAAUUGAGGGACUUGAAAGUUGACAUCGGCAAACACGCCAAGGAACUUCUUGAAAAACUGAAGGACAAAGUAAAAGAGUACUGGAAGAAGAUUUUGGAAAAAAUAAAGCCCGAUGAAGCUUCUUUUGCUGAUGAAGACCCCAAGACUGAACUUGGAAAAAAAUUGAAGGAGCACUUCGAUGAAAUUUUGGAGAAAUUGAAGGAAGCACUUGAAAAUGGAAAGGGAGUCAAGGAAGACACAAUUUUAAAGUUGAAGGAAAUCCGCCAAAAGCUGAAGGACUUGAAGAUUGACCUCAGCAAACACGCAAAGGAAUUGCUUGAGAAACUCAAGGACAAAAUAAAGGACUACUGGCAAAAGAUCUUGGAAAAGCUAAAGGACAAAGCUUCCUACGCUGACGAUGAAGGUAGUGAUUUGCAAAAACGAUUUCAGGAACUCUUGGAGCAACUCAAGGAAGCUUGGGAGAACCGAAAAACCAUCGCAGCCAACGUCAUGACCAAAUUGAAGGACCUCUACCAGGAAAUGAAGGAGAAAUCUAUUCCCCUGGGAGAUAAAGCCAAAGAACUCCUCGAACAAUUGAAGGAGAAGGCAGGAGGUUUCUGGAAAAGAAUUUUGGACAAAUUUGGUGGAAGCAAGCGAUCUGUUGAGGAUUUCGAUGACUUUGAACUUCUUUUUGCCGAAGACAGUGAAUUGGCUAGAAGCCUGCAAGACAGGUUUCAAGAACUUUUAGAAAAAUUUAAAUUUGCUUGGAUGAAUCGAGAAACUAUGGUUACCAACAUCUACCACAAAUUGAGCGAAAUCUAUCAGAAAAUGAAGGAAAAAUCCAUACCUUUGAGUGAAAAAUCCAAACAAUUUAUUGAGAAGCUGAAGAGGAAGUAUGGAGGUCUUCUAAAGUUUUUAGACAUAUUUGGUGGAAGAAAAAGAUCUAUUAAGGAUUGUGACCUCUUUUUUACAGAAGAUGACGUCAAGGAAGAUUUGAAGAAGAAGCUUAAAGAGAGAUUUGAUGAAAUCUUGGAGAAAGUGAAGGAAGCUCUUGAAAAUGGCAAAGGACUUCGUGAAGAUACCCUCAAAAAAUUGAAGGAAAUCCGAGAAAAACUAAAGGACUUGAAGGUUGACCUUGGCGACAAAGCCAAAGAGCUCAUUGAAAAACUGAAGGAAAAAGCCAAGGACUACUGGCAAAAGAUCUUGGACAGACUUGGAUUGAAAGACUCAGUUUCUUACGCAGAGGACCCCAAAACUGAACUUGGAAAGAAAUUGAGAGAACACUUCGAUGAAAUUUUGGAAAAAGUAAAGGAAGCAAUUGAUAAUGGAAAGGUCGUCAAGGAAGACAUGAUCGAAAAGUUGAAAGAAAUCAAGCAAAAGUUGAAGGACUUGCACGUUGACCUCAGCAAACACGCCAAGGAACUUCUUGAGAAACUGAAGGACAAAGUGAAAGACUACUGGCAGAAGAUCUUGGACAAACUAAAGGACAAAGCCUCAUAUGCUGAUGAGGAUGAAAGCAGUGACUUGCGAAAAAGAUUCGAAGAACUCUUGGAAAAACUUAGGGAUGCCUGGGAAAACCGAAAAAGCAUCGGUGCUGACAUCCUCUCCAAAUUGAAGGAUCUCUACCAACAAAUGAAGGACAAAUCUGUUCCUUUGGGAGAUAAGGCUAGAGAAAUCAUUGAGCAAUUGAAGGAGAAAGCAGGAGGUUUCUGGAAAAGAAUUUUGGACAAAUUCGGGGGAAGCAAACGAUCAGUUGAGGAUAUUGAUGACUUUCACCUCCUCUUCGCUGAUGAUGAUGUCAAAGAAGACUUGAAGAAGAAGCUCAAGGAAAGAUUUGACGAAAUCUUAGAGAAAGUGAAGGAAGCUCUCGAAAAUGGCAAAGGACUUCGUGAAGACACCCUCAAAAAAUUGAAGGAAAUCAGAGAGAAACUAAAGGACUUGAAGGUUGACCUUGGCGAUAAAGCCAAAGAGCUCAUUGAAAAGCUGAAGGAGAAAGCUAAGGACUACUGGCAAAAGAUCUUGGACAGACUUGGAUUGAAAGACUCAGUUUCUUAUGCUGAGGACCCCAAAACUGAACUCGGCAAGAAAUUGAGAGAACACUUCGAUGAAAUUUUAGAAAAAGUGAAGGAAGCACUUGAGAAUGGAAAAGUUGUUAAGGAAGAUAUGAUUGAAAAGUUGAAAGAAAUCAGGCAAAAGUUGAAGGACUUGCACGUUGACCUCAGCAAGCAUGCUAAGGAACUUCUCGAGAAACUGAAGGACAAAGUUAAAGAUUACUGGCAAAAGAUCUUGGACAAACUAAAGGACAAAGCCGAAUACGCUGAUGAUGAUGAAAGCAGUGACUUGCGAAAAAGAUUCGAAGAACUCUUGGAAAAACUUAGGGAUGCCUGGGAAAACCGAAAAAGCAUCGGUGCUGAUAUCCUCUCCAAAUUGAAGGAUCUCUACCAACAAAUGAAGGACAAAUCUGUUCCUUUGGGAGAUAAGGCCAGAGAAAUCAUUGAGCAAUUGAAGGAGAAAGCAGGAGGUUUCUGGAAAAGAAUUUUGGACAAAUUCGGAGGAAGCAAACGAUCAGUUGAGGAUAUUGAUGACUUUCACCUCCUCUUCGCCGAUGAUGAUGUCAAAGAAGACUUGAAGCAGAAGCUCAAGGAAAGAUUCGACGAAAUCUUAGAAAAAGUGAAGGAAGCUCUUGAAAAUGGCAAAGGACUUCGUGAAGAUACCCUCAAAAAAUUGAAGGAAAUCAGAGAAAAACUAAAGGACUUGAAGGUUGACCUUGGCGAUAAAGCCAAAGAACUCAUUGAAAAGCUGAAGGAGAAAGCCAAGGACUACUGGCAAAAGAUCUUGGACAGACUCGGAUUGAAAGACUCAGUUUCUUACGCUGAGGAUCCUAAAACGGAACUUGGCAAGAAAUUGAGGGAACAUUUUGAUGAAAUCUUGGAAAAAUUGAAAGAUGCUCUUGAAAACGGAAAAGUCGUCAAAGAAGACACCUUAGAAAAGUUGAAAGAACUUCGCCAAAAAUUGAAGGACAUGGGCGUUGAUCUCAGCAAGCACGCCAAAGAACUUCUUGAUAAACUGAAGGAUAAGGCAAAGGAUUUCUGGCAGAAGAUUUUGGACAAACUUGUCGGCAAAGAAGAGAGAUCCGUUUCUGAAGCUGAAUUCAACUUUUUCGACAUAAUGAAGAGAUUGAAGAAGCUCAUUAAGGAAAAGUUCGACGGUGAUGAUUUGAAAGAAAAAAUUGAAAAGCUUUUCGGAAAGGGAAGUGAAUUCACCAAGCAAAUUUUUGACAUGAUCAGAGACAAAAGUGAAAAGGGAAAGCAAAAGCUCCUGGAUUGGAUCGACAGAGUUUUGGGUGAGGAUGAAGAAACACAACGUUCCAUCUCUGAUGUUUACGAAAAGCUCAAGAACUGGUUCAAGGAUCUGAACAUUGAAUUGAAGGAGAAGUUCACCAAGUUCGGAGAAUGGGUCAAAGAAAAAUACGCCAAAGGUUUGGAAAAGGGAAAGGACAAGUUGGAAAACGUCAAGAAGAUCGCCAAAGAGUUCUUGGAAGACACCAAGCAAAUCAGCAAAGAUGUCGCCGACGAAGCCCUUGAAUUCUUCCGUGAAUACAAGAAGGAUCUUGGCGAUGUUUUUGAAGACAUCAAAGCCAAAGUUAAGGAUGUCAUCAAGAAAGAUUUGUAAAUAAUGGACUCAUAAUCAUCGCUAAUAGGCCUACUAUUUAAUUUAGGGAGAUAAUUGCAAUGUAAUUUCUUUUUAGUGAUUAAUAAAUAAGUAUAUGUAAUUUA